GCUAACGAUAAGCCCAAAGUGUCUAAUGUAGGAGGAAGAGGAAGCUGCUAACGAUCAGCAAAACCAGACGCAAAGAGGUUGAUGUCGUCGACGGUGGAGCAUGAUUACAUAGGUCUAUCGGAGCGGAACUCCUCUGCCGGCGGAGUCGAGGGAGGGGUUCUGAACCUCAAGGCCACGGAACUCAGGUUGGGGCUGCCUGGGUCGGAGUCGCCCCACCGCGUGGAGAAGAUCGGGCUCACCCUGGAUUUGCUCCCCAAGAACUUCGUCUCCGAUGCCAAGAGGGGGUUCUCCGACGCCAACGAUGGGGGUGGGACGUGGGGAUUUUCCGCCGAAGGUGGCGGAUCUGAAGUGAACUCGGUAAAAGGUGGCGGCUUGUUUUCAGGGAGAGGGGAGGUUGCGUCCGGUGGCAGUGCAGGGCAGCUUUCUGGGCAAGGGAAUGUGGGGAAGGACCUAGCGGUGAAAGCGGCUGGGCAGGAGCGGAAGGUCACCCCGAAGGGCUGUGGUUCUGUUGGGAAUGAUAGUCCGGUAGCUCAUGCAAUGAAGUAA